AUGCAAGAACUUCCUAUUGAAGAACAAAAGUUUGCUAAAGAGAUACAAAAAUAUCGUAACACAAUAAUUUAUGAAAUUGAUGGAAUCAAAAACUUAUUUCAUAAGACAAUAAAUGAAAAACUUCAUGAUAUUAAAACCACAGAAAAAGAUAAAUUUGUUAAAUCACUGAAAGAAAUAAUAAAUAAAGAUGUCAACAACAGUAAGAAAAUAGAUAUGGAACAUAUCAUAUUCAUUAUAUUUGCAAUAUUCGAUAGCGAAUCUUUAGUAUUUUUGAAUAACAUAGCAGGAGAUUAUACUAAAAAAGUAAAAAAUUAUUAUAAGAGUGACCUCGAAAAAAAUAUUAAGUAUGACCACGAAUAUAUUGAUCAGGAGAAGAGUGACCUCGAAAAUGACGAUAAAAAAAUUGAUCGAUAUAUUGAAAGAUUUAUUAUAAUUAGAGUAUUGGUAGAAAUUUUUUUAAAGAAUAUUCCACUUAUUAUUAUUAUG